GAUUACCAAAGGGACUUACUUUGAGGACAGCAUAGGAGCUGGAUACACAAUGGAGAAAGUCCAUCUCAGUCUUUUCAUCAUGCUGUGUUUCGGAGUCUACAAGUCAUCUUCAGAAAUUCUUCAUCGACAAAAAAGAGACUGGAUCAUUGAUUCCUUUAAAAUCUAUGAAAACUAUUCAGGAUCUUACCCAUAUGAACUCGGCAAGAUUAGGCUUGAUAGGAACUUCACCGUUUUCCAUAUAGAAGGCCAGGGGGUCAAAGAGGAACCCAUAAACACGUUAGCCAUUGACGAAAACACGGGAGUCAUUCAAGUCCACAGGCCUGUGGACUAUGAGACUUACCAAGUACUGAAGGUUAAAUUCAAGGCAGUGAAUAAGAAAAACAAUGAAAUAGACACAAAGCUGGGAGUUGAGAUAAUCAUUGUGGAUGCAAAUGACAACCCUCCAAAGUUUGUUCCGAGCAUGUACAAUGCUAAAAUACCAGAGUCAACAAAACAAGGCACUGAUGUUAUCAGGAUUAAAGCAACUGAUGAGGACUCUGAUCUUGAUGGAGAGCUUGAUUACAAAAUAAUAAAGGUCGUUCCUAAAAAUGAUCAUAUGGAAUUCUAUCUAACUGAAAUAGAUGCUACUAAAACUGCAAUCAUUUCCUUCAGAGGCUGUCUGGAAUACAUGAAAGCUCAUGAAUACACCAUUAUUGUGGAGGCAAAAGACCAUGGAAGAGACAGACAACUCUCUGGCACCUGUACUGUCCAGGUCGAAGUAACUGAGGCAAAUAACCACCUUCCUGUAAUCACUGGAAAAACUGGUCCAGGGAGAGUGAAAGAAGGAGAGAAAAAUGUUAAUGUCUUACGCCUGCAAGUCAAGGAUGAGGACGCCAAAGGUACACCUGCCUGGAAAGCAAAGUAUACAAUCCAUGGAGACACCAACAAAAACUUUGGCAUCAGUACUGAUCCUGAGACCAAUGAGGGAAUACUGGUUGUGGAAAAGCCACUGGACUAUGAAGAAAGUCAUAAAAAGAACUUGAAUAUCACUGUUGAGAAUGAGAUCCCCUUUAGCUCCUGCAAAGUGAACAAACGCCCAAAAACUGGUCUUUGGGAUGUAACCAUGAGUGACAAAGCAAAAGAACAAGCCCCCUUUCAAGUCACAGUGAAUGUAGAGGAUGUCAAUGACGCCCCGGUCUUCCUCAAAACAAACAAAAAAGUUUCAGUGAAAGAAAACGUUGCUGUGGGACACUACCUGGAGACAUUUAAGGCUGAAGACCAUGAUGGCAACGGGGCAAACAAAAUAUCAUACAGAAAAGGAGAAGAUAAAGCAGGUUUUGUUUCUGUUGACCCUAAGACUGGAAAAGUAACUACAUCAAGGCUUAUAGACCGAGAGUCAUCAUUUGUGAAAAACAACACCUAUAUUGUCAACAUACUUGCUUCUGACAAUGCACACCCACCAAUGACAGGCACAGCAACCCUUACCAUUUAUAUUUUUGAUGAAAAUGACAACGCUCCAUCCCUGGCUAAAAGCAUAUUCGACAUCUGCCAGUCUAGUAAACCACCUAUGGCCAAUAUCGAGGCCUUUGACUUAGAUGAAGGAGCAAAUGGUGGACCUUUCAGCUUCAAGCUCCUUGGAGAUGUUAAGGGGAAAUGGAGGAUUGAACCUCCUCAAGGGCACUCUGUCAACCUGAUCAAAGACAGCCAAGUUCACUCAGGUCGCUAUGACUUACAGCUUCAAGUGUCUGACCUCAAGCAAAUGUCCAAAAUCCACAACCUAACAGUGACUGUAUGUAAAUGCAAAAACCCCCAAUUUCCCAACUGCGUUAUUCGCCAAUCUUUGGGCUCAGCUAAGGCACCGUUUGUUGGGAUCAUUUUCCUGGCAUUACUACUGGCUGCAGCCAUUCUUCUUAUGGCCUUAUUUGUGAGAUGUAAGGGAAACCCGCCUCCGCCAAUCAACGCUGAAGGUUCACAGCACCUCAUGAAGUCCAACAUUGAAAAACCAGGAACUGACUGCAAGGUGGUGUUUAAGCCUAAACAGCAAGAGAUCAUCAAACAGGAGGAGACAACAAUAUACACCCCUAUCGACUAUCCAGAUAAUGUAAUGCCAUCAAGAAAUCCAUCCCUGUUGAAAACCAGGGACAUCACAACCUAUGGCACCAAAAAUGACCAGGGUUACGAGCACACAAAGUUUACACAUGUGACCAUGGGGGGGUCAUCUUCAAUGAGAAGGGGACAGCAGAAUAGCUUCUCAGUGCAUGGGGGUCAAGACCAACGAUGGGGGUACUCUGAAGAACAAAACCUCACCACAAUUCAAACUGAAUUACUGCCCAAAGUACUUCAUGGGAAGUUGUACACUCUGCAAUCACCAGGAGAAGAGCUGUUGGAUUACGGUCCUCGUGUGUAUGCAGAGGAGAAUGAUCGCGAGCCCAACGAUGUGCUUGAUGCCAUCUCCAUUCCUGAAUUAUCCUUUGACCCCAACAUGCAACUGGACCCCAGAUUUAAUCAUCUGGCCUCAGUCUGCAUGACAAAUGCAAACACUUACCACUCACACAAAUCUGUGCCUGUAGUUCAGAAAGUACUGAGAAAAACUUAGUGACUUUGACAGGAAUUUUCCAAAACUCUUGGCUUUUGAUGAUCGACUGUUUGGCUUAACUUUUUUUUUCUAAGUCAGAUGUUGAGGUUUGGGUGGUGUACAGUACAGGGUGUUGUUUUGUGUUCAUAAAACUGCUAUUGGGUUGCACCAGCUAUGAGCAAGUUCAAACAUAGCCUCAAAGGAAACUAUUUUCUAACUGGAGUCUGAGUUUAUGCACUACAAGAGUUUAAGGUAGGCCAAAAUAGUUCCAACACAGGGUCAAAUUAUUGCUGACUUUGUACACCUAGAGCCUAAGAAGCAUAAAAACUAACAAAAUAUGGUUGUUAGAGUGUAUCAUUUUGAAAACUGGCACAACUUGGAGGAUGAGGAGCAGCAGCUGUUCAGUGUCACGGGCCCUAACUGAUCAAACUUUUGUAGAAACACACAUAGAUUUGGAUGGAAAAAUCAUCUUACAAAAAAGUCCAGUUGUUAUUUAUAAAACGCUUAUCUGUCCAACAGUGUAUGAUUGACUUGAUUGAAAGCAGUCGCCAUUUAAAUAUAUAGAUUCACAGUUCAGCCGGCCUUGCCCCCAGAGUUUAUGACAUGCAGGUAUGUGAUACAGCAAAAACAACUGCACCCUUUAUUAGGGUAUCAAUUUCCAGGUUGGAGACAAAAAAAGGAAAAUAAAUAUUUGUUGUUUUUUCAGCCUGAAAAGUGGCAUUUAAGUGACUCAGAAACACCAUGUGGGGAAGGAAAUCACUGCUGAGAUUAACAGCGAUGUUGGCAAACAACUGAACUCCAACUGAUUUUUGAAUGUUUAAUUUAUACAUCUGUGAUACAUGACUUUUAUAUGAUAUGAUCACAAUUCUUUACUUUCAGAUUAAAAUAUAAUCACAAUUCUUGACAUUUGGGUUUAAAAAAACAGCCUGCUCUUAAAAUGGCAAUCAAAAGGCAUUAAUGCUCUUAUAAGAAGCAGCAUGUUAACAGGAGUAGGCCAUCCUAAAACUGCCCAAGACUGAGAAAAGAACUGCCAGCUUAUCUCAGAUAUUAUUAUUCAUGUAAGCUAAUUAUAACUGUCAGAGGGCAGACAGUGAUAUGUUGGUUUACAGGAGAGAUGAACUGCUUUCUUCUGAAUGUUCAUUUAACUUCAAACGAUAUUUGAGAAAGCCUGCAGUGUCCGCUAGCCUAUAAAACAAAUGAAAUGUUGUCAUAAUUUGUUUUUCUAAUCUGAAUAGCUCUCUUGCCAAACAUAUCACUUGUAAUUCUUACAUUUUAGAGUGCUGAAGGUUGUGUCUUUGUCUAACAGCCUUCAGCAAUGAGUCUGCAUAAACUAAGGCUAUAAAUUCAGUCUCCAGACUCCAGAGUUCAUUCAUGGUCAGCUCUUCAACACACUGCAGGUUUAUACAGUUAAAUAGUUUAAAGUAAAACACUCCUCUUCCUGAUGAAUCUUUGCAGGCACAGCCAUCUGAAAAUAUUUCCUAUUUAGGAAGCUAAACAUUUAAAUCAUUUCCUCUUGAGUUAAAUGUUUUUUCCUCAAAUAACUGUUUUUUUCUGCUUACGGAACUUUAUUAAUUACUGAAGGCAGCCUUUCUUAUUUAUUUUGAAAGCAAAUCAAUAAAGAAUCAUUUGUUAAUCAUAUAUAACAAACAACGAGGAAAGCAGCUGAAGCUUGUGCUGCUCAACAUCAUUUAAAAAGCAAAAUUGCCUACAGGGAGUAUCAGAAGUUAGAUGUAAUGUUCAAAAGCCAUAUCUAACCUAACAGCGUCAGAUUCACGCUGCACAGAAAGGCCACACUGACUUGAAUGUGUGUACAUGAGCUGAGAUCUGGCGUGGGAUUUGAGUGCAUUGUACGCUCAUGUCCAUAUUGAUAAAUGCAGAAAUAACCAUACAUCCAAAUUUCUGCCAUGUUUGAUAAAUGAGGGCAAGUGUGUUCUCUAUGAUGGCUGACAGCCCUAAGAAAGGUACGACGACUUUGUUUUGUACGCAUACGUUCGUUCUCCAUGAGUAGAGAUGAAUUUAUCAGUCCAACAACAGAGUACUGUGAAAUUAUCUCAUCUUUUAGUUUAAGAUUUCACCACUUGUUACUGCUAUCACCUCAUCACGAUACACCGUCAUAUUUUACUAACUUUUUGGUCCCAGUUUUAGGUUAAUGGCUCUUAAAAGAAGGAAUUCUAUUCAGGGAGAUUUAGACCGAUAGGCAGCACUUUAACAAACACUGCACUAUGAAAAAGAGGUUUCACAGAGUGAUCACAUGACGGUAAAACAUUUCUGUGAUAUUACUUUGGCUGGUUUUGGAAUUAUGCUUUACAAGUCAAAAGGAACCCCUCAUGUAAAGACAUGUUCACCUUACUGCAUUAACAUUUGUGUCUCUUAAAUGUAGAUAUCUAAAUCAAAGUGGAUAUGAUAGAGGCAGGGAGACAAGAGCUAAUAUGACAGGCUAUAUCGUUCAUCAGUGCCAGUCUCCAGAGAACAAGCCAGCCUGGUAUUAGCAGUGUGUCCUUGAACACAAAAUAAUGACAUACUGCACACAAUCUGCACAGUAGGAUGAAUAUGCGCUGUACACUGGAGCAUAUAUAGCCACUCGCGCUCCAUGGCAUGGCACUGGCACAGGGCUAUGGUCUUCUCUGUCAAACUGGUGACCUAUGGGUCACCUUAUAAUUUCAAAUUUUCCCAAAUUGUGGAUAUGUACUGUGUGAUUUUGUACAGCAUACACAUCAGAGACUCAAAUGAUAAGGCAAACACGUCUGAACAUGAAGGUUUCCUUUUAAGAUGAAACUUUCAACCUUUGUGGUGCAACCAAACGAUGACACAACAUGAGUCACUAACGAAAUAGUUUCAUUUGAGAAUUAAGAGUGGACUUCACUUCUAUUCCUUAGAAAGAAUUUACACAUAGCUGGUGGAACAGGCAACAGGGACUCUAUAAAUCACAAAGGGUUGAAAAUCUCACGUAGAAAUAACUUCAUAUGAAUGAACUGAAUAAACAAAAAGGGACAAAAGAAUGUAUUUACAAACUGACUGAAGAUAUGGCUUCAAAUUUCAUUAAUUUUUGGUUUCAUUUGUUUAAAAUCAUAAAGUACACACUAAGUUCAUGUUACACAGUCCUCAUUCUUUUCCGUCUCUUUGCUUGUCCAAAGAUUAAUGUGUUAGUAUUUGCUAGAAUUGAGAUUGGAAAACAGUUCAAAUGAACUGGACAUGAAAUCUGUAUUAGAAGUGUUACAGUAUCAAACUGUAACACUUCAUUUUCACAAUGAUUCAGGACAUGGUUUAAAGUACAGCGAGUUUUGCCAACCUACACAAAGAUAAUUUCAUAUGUGCGGCAAUGCACACUCCAAAAGAAUGGAGUAACCUUUGUAAAUUCCACCAAAAAGAUAUAGGAGAUUAUUUUCUACUCUUCAAGAUAAGGGCUUUUUUUCUAUUCAGCACAUUGUGGGACAGGCAUCCUUCCAAAAAAAGAAAAAAAUCAACCGCAGAUAGUUAUGAUGUUGGGUGUGUAGCUGGGCAGGGCUAUGGUAUGAGAGAAUGGAAUCUCAUAACACAGCGUUUGUAAUUAAAACGGGGGACUGUGGGAACUGUUGACAAAGACAUUAAAUGAAUACUGAACUGCAUGAUUCAUAGUCUACUGAAUUAGCAAGGUUAUUUUCUUUUCUUAAGCUGAAAUGGUGGGGAUGGUGCCUUUGGCCAAAAGAUCAAACUACAAGCAUUAGCAGACUUCUUUAACAUAACAAACUGUGUAUUGAGAAAAUACACAAAAAAAACAGCAAAUGCUGCCAUAGACAACAAACUGAACAUGUCUAAGAUAUCACAACUGUUUCUUUCAGUUAAGAUUGAUUGCAUUUUUCUGCAUAGUGACUAGGACAUAAAUGUUUCUUUUUCAUUAGCCAUAUUCUUAAGGUUUAUUCUUGGGUAUUGUGCAUUGUGGUAGUCUUUUCUGUGGAUACAUUAGUAACAAGCUUUUCAUUAACAAACUGUGAGUGCAAUAUAGGUUCUCAGGCGUUUGACAAUGCUUACACUUUCUAGGGGCCAAAAUCCCAACAGUGUUUGUGUGUGACUGCCAGAAAUCUAAAGGUGUGUCUCUUCUUGGCAAACAUUUCUCUUCCAAGGAAGAGAGGUAAUUACUGACGCUACAGAUGAGCCAAAAUCCAUGGUAAUGCCAACCCCCAUUUACCAGCUCGUCAAGCCAGUUUUGUUUUGUUUUUUUUGACUGGAGAUAAAA